AUGCCACACGGAUUACUAGACCUUAGAGAUGCUGUCAGAAAAUCAUGGAGUUUAUGCAUGUGGGAAACUAUGAUAGCUGACCUAAGCGAAACCAAUCAACACAACGAUCGGUCGAAAAGAUGUGUGUAUCUGUAUCUGAAAUUAUGGGUGCCUUUAGCUCAAAAGGAGAGAGGAGAGGAACAAGAGAAGGCUGCAAAAGCUAGGGAGCAUCUGAGGACUCUGGAAAAGGGUCUUGAGGGGAAGCCAUUUUUUGGAGGUGAAACGAUAAGCUUCUUGGACAUUGCGGUUGGCUGGAUUGGUAUCUGGGGUCGAGCUGUUGAGGAAAUUGUUGGUGUAAACCUGUUCGAUGCAGAGACCAUGCCUUUGUUUACUGCUUGGUUGAACAAGUUUCUUGAAGUUCCCAUUAUCAAAGAGUGUUUACCAUCUUGGGAUAUAUUGCUUGAGCACACAAAAGGAUUCCACAAGAUUUUGACAGCUGCAUCAACCUGA